ACAGAAAGAAGUCUAGCAACCGAGCUCACUCAUUCAUUCAACAAUGGCAGCCUCAACCAUGGCUCUCUCCUCCCCAUCAUUGGCCGGAAAGGCGGUGAAACUCUCCCCCUCCACCCCGGAGCUCGGCGUUGGACGUAUCUCCAUGAGGAAAACAUCCUUCAAGCAGGCUUCCGGCAGCCCAUGGUACGGCCCAGACCGUGUCAAGUACUUGGGCCCAUUCUCCGGUGAGCCUCCAUCCUAUCUCACCGGAGAAUUCCCCGGUGACUAUGGCUGGGACACUGCUGGGCUUUCAGCUGACCCAGAGACCUUCGCCAAGAACCGUGAGCUUGAAGUCAUCCACUCCAGAUGGGCCAUGCUCGGAGCCCUCGGGUGCGUCUUCCCGGAGCUCUUGUCCCGGAACGGCGUCAAGUUCGGCGAGGCCGUGUGGUUCAAGGCCGGAGCUCAGAUCUUCAGCGAAGGCGGGCUUGACUACUUGGGCAACCCGAGCUUGGUCCACGCACAAAGCAUUCUGGCAAUCUGGGCCACACAAGUCAUCUUGAUGGGGGCUGUUGAGGGUUACCGUAUUGCUGGUGGGCCACUCGGUGAGGUGACCGACCCAAUUUACCCAGGUGGAAGCUUUGACCCAUUGGGACUUGCUGAUGACCCGGAGGCUUUUGCUGAGCUUAAGGUGAAGGAGCUCAAGAAUGGAAGAUUGGCUAUGUUCUCUAUGUUUGGGUUCUUUGUUCAGGCCAUUGUGACUGGAAAGGGACCAUUGGAGAACCUGGCUGACCACCUUGCUGACCCAGUGAACAACAAUGCUUGGGCCUAUGCCACAAACUUUGUCCCUGGAAAGUGAGCUCAGAAACAAUGUGAAUUUUCCUUUCAGAUUUGAUGUUUGUGAUGUAAAUUGUUUGGGAGAUUAAUGGAAACCAUUAUAUGA